AUGCUCUCCCGGUCCAUCUCCCGCCAGUCACAAGCUCUCCGAGCUGCGACGAGGCGUCCUGCCUUUGCCGGCCAUGCCCGCCUCCUCUCCUCCACCGUGCCCCGACGCGCCAACGACCAGUUGAACAAGGUCUCGGCCAACAUCACGCAGCCCAAGUCCCAGGGUGCCUCCCAGGCUAUGCUCUACGCCACCGGCCUCACCGAGGAGGACAUGAACAAGGCCCAGGUCGGCAUCUCGUCCGUUUGGUACGAGGGCAACCCCUGCAACAUGCACCUGCUCGACCUGUCCAACAUCGUCCGCAAGUCGGUCAAGGACGCCGGCCUGAUCCCUUACCAGUUCAACACCAUCGGCGUCUCGGACGGUAUCAGCAUGGGCACAAAGGGCAUGCGCUACUCGCUGCAGUCGCGUGAGAUUAUUGCCGACUCCAUCGAGACCGUCAUGAACGGCCAGUGGUACGACGCAAACGUCUCCCUGCCCGGCUGCGACAAGAACAUGCCCGGUGUCGCCAUCGCCAUGGGCCGCGUCAACCGCCCCAGCAUCAUGGUCUACGGUGGCACCAUCCAGCCCGGCUGCAGCAAGAGCGGCGAGUCCAUCGACAUCGUCUCCGCCUUCCAGGCCUACGGCCAGUACAUCACCGGCGAGAUCACCGAGGAGGAGCGCUUCGACAUCAUCCGCAACGCCUGCCCCGGCAGCGGUGCCUGCGGAGGCAUGUACACGGCCAACACCAUGGCCACCGCCAUCGAGACGCUCGGCCUGACCAUGCCCGGCAGCAGCAGCAGCCCCGCCGAGGACGCGAGCAAGAAGGCCGAGUGCGAGGGCAUUGGUGCCGCCAUCAAGAACAUCCUCAAGGAGGACAUCCGCCCGCGCGACAUCAUGACGCGCCAGGCCUUUGAGAACGCCAUGAUCGUCGUCAACAUCCUGGGAGGCAGCACCAACGCCGUGCUCCAUCUCCUGGCCAUUGCCGACUCUGUCGGCAUCAAGCUCACCGUUGACGACUUCCAGGCCGUCUCCGACCGCACCCCCUUCCUGGCUGACCUGAAGCCCUCCGGAAAGUACGUCAUGGCCGACAUGCACCGCAUCGGCGGCACCCCCGGCCUGCUCAAGUUCCUCCUCAAGGAGGGCCUGAUUGACGGCUCCGGUAUCACCGUCACCGGCAAGACGAUGAAGGAGAACGUCGAGAACAUGCCCGCUUUCCCCGCCGAUCAGGAGAUCAUCCGCCCCUUCAGCAACCCCAUCAAGCCCUCGGGCCACAUCCAGAUCCUGCGCGGCCAGCUCGCGCCCGGCGGCUCUGUCGGCAAGAUCACGGGCAAGGAGGGCCUGCGCUUCGAGGGCAAGGCGCGCGUGUUCGACGAGGAGGACGCCUUCAUCGCGGCGCUCGAGCGCGACGAGAUCAAGAAGGGCGAGAAGACGGUCGUCAUCAUCCGCUACGAGGGCCCCAAGGGCGGCCCCGGCAUGCCCGAGAUGCUGAAGCCCAGCUCCGCCAUCAUGGGCGCUGGUCUCGGCAAGGACGUUGCGCUGCUGACGGACGGCCGCUUCUCCGGCGGUAGCCACGGCUUCCUGAUCGGCCACAUCGUGCCCGAGGCCAUGGAGGGCGGCCCCAUUGGUCUGGUGCAGGACGGCGACGUCAUCACCAUUGACGCGGAGAAGAGAGUCAUCGACACCAACGUCUCGGACGAGGAGAUGGCGAGACGGAAAGCCGAGUGGAAGGCGCCGCCCCUCAAGUACAGCAAGGGUACCCUGAAGAAGUACUCGGCCCUCGUCAGCGACGCCAGCUCGGGAUGCGUGACGGACGGCAAGAUCUAA